AAAGUCUUACAAGCCGCUCAGUCGUCAACAUUUCACUUUGGCUGUAGGAAGCAUAAAAACGGAGUUACAAGAUUCUUAGAACCAAUAAAUUUAUUUGUAAAAAAACCGCAAAUUCACGGCUUAAUAGUAUUAAUAAAAAUUAUUAGCAACAAAAACAAAAUCAAAAUCGAAUAAAAAAAAAUAAAAUCUUUAAUUAAUUUUCUUGUAAUUUUUGGCAACCAACAUGCAAAGCUGUCAACAAGUUUUGUACUUGACUUUAUUGUUAACCUUUUGUAUUAUUGGUACAUAUACCGCACCCACUGCUGAAGCUGAAGCAUCUGCCGAAGCUGAAGCAAAGCGUCGCACAAAUGAACCACAAUUUGUGGUGAUUUCAGAGGAUGUCAUACCAGAUGUGGAGAACACGACACAAAAGGUCAUACGUGUAAAUCCAUUGGAUUUACCAUCUGUUAAAGAUGACCCCUCUGGCAAUAUGGACUCGUCUUUGUUCAAAAUUCAAUCAUUGCAGCCGUUCUACCGCAGUUACGUAAACUCCAAACGACUACGUAAGCCACGUCCAUUGGAAUUAAAUGCAGUCACUGAUUCACCCAUACACCGUGAGGUCAAAGCGCGCAAGCAAAAGCAACAACAAAAGCAAAAACAUUUGCACUUUUUGUACAAUCAAGCAAAUGGCUUGGAAGAUGGUGAAGUGCUGAGUAAAACAAUGCGUGUGCAUCUCGCGCCAGGCGCUUAUCCAGUGUAUUAUGCUGUGGCCAAAGUGAAUGGUCGAUUUGGAAAGUUUCCUAUUAAAGACUUCAGUAAUGAAGCUGAUUUUAGAAAAUACCUACAACGUCUUAAGUUCCAACCAAUUGAGUUUUCUCAACGAUAUCAAAGCUAGAAGUGUUCUCUACUUGAAUGUGCUGAACUAAAUGUGAUUGAUUUAAUUUAAACUAUUCUACCUUAUUUAUUUGAAUUUAAUUUUAUUUAUUUUUA